CCUCAGGGUGGGAGUCAGCGCUGCCCGGGCCUUGGGCUCGCCAGGACGCGUCCUGGCCCCGGGCGCUUCCGCAGCCUCGCUCGGGGGAGGGGGCCGGGAAACCGCGGCCCCUUCCUCUCCCCGCGCGCGGGGCCUAGGCAGGCGCCCUGACAGAACCGCUGCUGGGGGGAGGGGGCCGGGGAGCGCUUCCCCAGACGCCCCGCCCCGGGGCGGGCCCGGAGCUAAGGAGCCGGCGCGCUCCCGCCCCUCCCUCCCCGCCUCCUUUCCCGGGUCCCUGCCGCUCUCUCCGCUCCGCUCGCGCAGAGCCGGGCCAGGCUGCCCCCCGCAUCCUCGGACUCCGCCUGUCCCCUCGGCCCUCCGCGCCGGACGCCCGGGACCAAGGCCGCCGGCUGGGCCCGGGACCGGCCUUCCCGCCGCGGGACGCGGAUCCGGGCCAUGGAGCGGCCGUGACCCAGGUGGCGGGGAGGGGCAUUGGGCCGGGCCCCGCCAGCUGUACCCCUGAUCCCGACCCCGCCAUGGCGAGUGGGCGGCCAGACCUGAAGAGGAGUUUCUCCAUAAUACCCUGCUUCAUCUUCGUGGAGUCAGUGCUCCUGGGGGCCGUGGUGCUUCUCGCCUACCGCCUGGAAUACACAGACACGUUCCCCGUGCACAGGCAGGGCUUCUUCUGCUACGACAGCGCCUACGCCAAGCCCUACCCCGGCCCGGAGGCCGCCAGCCGCGCGCCGCCCGCUCUCAUCUACCCCCUGGUCACCGCGGGGCCCGCCAUCACGAUCCUGCUCGGAGAGCUCGCCAGGGCCUUCUUCCCGGCUCCGGCCUCCACCGCGCCGGCCCUGAGGGAGAGGACCAUCGUGUGCGGGGACUGCUGCCGCUUCAGCCCAGCCCUCCGAAGGCUGGUCCGCUUCCUGGGCGUCUAUUCCUUUGGCCUCUUCACCACGUCCAUCUUUGCCAACGCCGGGCAAGUAGUGACGGGGAAUCCCACCCCCCACUUCCUCUCGGUCUGCCACCCCAAUUACACAGCUCUGGGCUGCCCCCCGCCAGCCACUGACAAGCCUGGACUGGACCGGUACGUCACAGACCAGGGGGCCUGUGCAGCCGGCAACCCUGCCCUGGUUGCAGCUGCGCGACGUGCCUUCCCCUGCAAGGACGCGGCCCUGUGCGCAUUUGCGGUCACCUACACGGCGAUGUAUGUCACCCUGGUGUUCAGGGUAAAGGGCUCCAGGCUGGUGAAGCCUUCCCUCUGCCUCGCCCUGCUCUGCCCGGCCUUCCUGGUGGGGGUGGUCCGUGUGGCCGAGUACCGGAACCACUGGUCAGAUGUGCUGGCCGGAUUCCUGACGGGGGCAGCCAUCGCCACCUUCCUGGUCACCUGUGUUGUCAACAAGUUCCAGAGUCGAGUGCCCCUAAGCCAGCGCACCUUCAGAUGGGAGGGCCUGGGCACAGUACCUGCCAUUGAGAACCCCCUUGAAAAGUUAAAUUCAGCCCAGGAGCCCAAGACCACUGCACCCCCGCUGCAGCCUGCCCGACUCACCCCACCCAAGCUGCAGAGCUGUACCCGUCGGGGCCACCUGAUCCCCAGCUGUGUGUCUUCCCGGGCCCCCCCGAUGUGUUCUUCCCCUCGUGUUCCCCGCGCUCGAGUGAGGUCUGAGCCGACAUUGCCUGCCAUGGUCCCUGGGCCCAGCCAGGGCCCUCCGCCAUCCCCUGGACCAUCUGGGGCCGGUGGGGGUGGAGGCGGGGGCGGCCGGGGCCGAAAGCUGCUGCUGCCCACUCCUCUGCUGCGGGACCUGUACACCCUCAGUGGACUCUAUCCUUCCCCCUUCCACCGGGACAGCUUCAGCCCCUACCUGUUUGCCAGCCGGGACCACCUGCUGUGAACUCAGGUUCCUGGGUCCUGAGAGCCUCUGGCCCCAGACACCCCUGGAGCCCGAUGUCCUCAGGCCGUGUCUUUGUGUCUCCCGUGUGCCUGUGUAUGAAUGAGUGUGUGGGUGUGGGUGCGUGCCUGCCUGCGUGUGUCCCCACUCGUCAGUCCCACAUGGGCAUGGGGAUGGAUAGAGAAUUUCAGGAAAGUCCGGGUCAGAGUGGGUACCCCCUCCAGCUGCCUGGGCCCUAGGAGAGUCUUCAUUGCCAGGAUUGGGAAAGCUGACUGGGGAGACCCUCCAUUGUCCCAAGGUCUGGGGGGGGGCAGAAGCUCCUCCUUUUUAGACAAAAGUUCAUAGAAAUAACCUUUGACCUCUUACUGUACCUUGAGGGCCUCCGUGUCUCAGAAUUGGAAGGGUGGUUGGGACAGUGUGAUUCCGGCCAAUGAGAAACCCGUUUCUGAGACCUGGGAGUGGGGAAGGGGCAUGGGGAGGAAGGCAGGACACCGGCAACUGAGUGUUCUUGGUAUCUAAGAAUUACAGGGAGUCUUGGUGCUUGCCAGGGUGGAGCCCUAGACGUCUCAGAAGCCAAUAAUGGGUAAUAAUUCCUAGUGACGGACCCUAGGUAUCUGAACAUUCUUGGGGCUGGGAUGGGGGACCGGGAAGGCAGUUUCAGCCCAUGGGAGCCCCUUCUGACUGACAGCCCUCUCUAGACAGCAGGAUGAAGGGGAGGAAGCAGUGAAUCUGACUUGGGGGAUGGCACUGGAUUGUCAGGGUCCUGCUGCUGAAGCCACGUUUCUCAUUUUCUUCCCUUGCAAGGUCCUUUGAUGGGGCAGUUCCCACCCAACCCUGAUAGUCUCCCCUAUCCUCCCAGCCAGGCUGGGUUCUUCACCUUAUUUUCCCCUCCAGAGUUCCUCAAUUCCCAUCAUCCUAGUGACCCUAAACUCUUGAGUUCCUCUCUAGCCAGCAGUGCUUCUACUCUGUGCUCUGGGACUAAAGUGGGGAAAAGGGAGUAGUGGGGCAGUCUCUGAGGUCAGGGUUUUGUCUCUUCCCGGUGCCCCUCCCUCACUCCCUUGGUCCUAGAUUUGGAGGGGGAGGGGAUUCACUUUUUGGACCUAAGGUCAUAGUUUUGUGAUGGAGAUGGGAGAGAAGGUAGUGUCAGAGACCUCCACACUGCUACAGCUUUUAUGCCCUGCUUCCUCAUUUCUGCCUCCAGAGAAAACAAAAACACCUUUUCCCUUCCUGAACUGGCUGUGCCAGUCCCAGAGCGCACUGCUCCCAGCGGGCCUGCCCCACCCAAGGGGGCUACAGAGAGAUCUCUCCUCCGCUCCCAGUUCCACAGCCUUUAAUAAAGAUGUUUGUAUCA